AUGCGAAUUUUAUGCGAUGCGUGUGAGAACGCAGCUGCUAUUGUCUUUUGUGCUGCCGAUGAAGCUGCUCUUUGUCGCCCCUGCGAUGAAAAAGUUCAUAUGUGCAACAAGCUAGCUAGUCGGCAUGUACGUGUUGGUUUAGCCGAACCAAGCAAUGCCCCGUGCUGCGAUAUAUGCGAAAAUGCACCUGCCUUCUUUUACUGUGAGAUAGACGGUAGUUCGCUUUGUCUGCAAUGUGACAUGGUAGUACAUGUUGGUGGCAAGAGAACACACGGGAGGUUUCUUUUGCUUAGACAGAGAAUCGAGUUUCCAGGAGAUAAGCCUAAACCAAACAGUACGAGAGAGAACUCGCAAAACCAAAGAGUCUCUGCAAAUGCAAACGGUGAAGCUAAUGGAAAGAUUGAUGACGAAAUGAUUGAUCUAAACGCUAACCCGCAGAGAGUACAUGAGCCAUCAUCAAAUAUCCAAGGUAUCGAUGUAAAUAACGCAAACAAUCACGAGUCUGCAGGGUUUGGUGUAAUUGAGGCUUUGUUGUUGAAGAAGGAAGGGCUGUGUUGUUUGUGCAUUAUCUUAGUUUAA